CACAAUAAACACAUGCAUGCAUGUUCGACGUUGUUGCCGAGAAGUUUCUCCUUUCUAUGACCCACUUUAUCUCUAUAAUUAUUUAUUUGGGAUAAGUUCUGCAACUCUAUAAUUGGACCUCUUGCUAGAUUGUAAUCGCGCAUACGUACUGUGAGCAUGACUUCUUCCAUGGCCUUUCAAUCAGGAGCUUCUUCCUCUUCUUCAUCCUCUUCAUCUCCUUCCAACCAUCUAUGGAGUCAUCAUGUAUUCUUGAGCUUUAGAGGUGAAGAUGUUCGUCAUAACUUUAUUUCCCAUCUAUACCAUGCUCUAGAUCAAAGGGGAAUCAAUACUUACAUAGACAAGAAUCUUGAAAGAGGGGAGGAGAUUUCACCGGCACUUUUCAAAGCUAUUGAAGGGUCAAUGAUUUCUAUCAUUGUAUUCUCUAAAAACUAUGCAGAAUCUAGAUGGUGCUUAGAUGAGCUAUUGAAGAUUCUUGAUUGCAAGGAAACAAUGAAGCAAAUUGUUCUACCAAUUUUUUACGACGUAGAUCCAUCGGAAGUACGGCAUCAAAAAGGAAUUUUUGGAGAAUCCUUUGAUAAACUUGGAGAUAAGCUCAAGGAUAAUGCAAAGAUGUUGAAAUGGAAGGUAGCUUUGCAAAGAGUAGCCGAUUUGUCUGGUUUCCCAUUAGCGAAAUUCCGGGAUGAGUCAACAUUUAUCCAAGAAAUCAUUCAAUGGGUGGACAUAAGAAUAGUAAAUCAAAUACCUUUAAGUGUUGCAUGGCAUCCAGUUGGGAUAUAGUCUCGUAUACGAGACAUUUAUGAUCAACAUCUAAAUAUCGAAAUGAAUGAUAU